GGCGAGGAGGAGGAGCCGCCUGAGGAGGAAAGCCUACCUGACGAAGCAGCAGAAGUCCUGUUGACGCCGAAUGCCAUGACAGCACCUUAUCAGCCUCUUGCUGAGCUGUCGUCUCCAGCCUAUCGGUCAUCCCCACCUUUAGUGGGAUUGAAACGGUCUCGACAGCCCUCUGAACUCCUGACGUCUGAUCUCGCCUAUCCAUCAAGCCCCUCCCAGAAGCGCCGUCGUCUAGACAAGAAUACUGUUAUACCACCAACGCCUGAAGAGAAACUCAUGACCUCGCGGGGACAGCUUCGUCGCAGGACGCCACAGGACGGAUCAUCCCCAUUCAAAUCUCAAGCCUUUACUGAGGAUGAGAUCGUCGAGGUAAGCUCGGCCGAGGACUCAGACGGUCUGCUCGAUGAAGAAAUACAAGCCGGCGAAGAGGCGGACCAAUUGCCAACCAACAAUAUAUCGAGGAGGGGAGUUGACAACCCGGUGACUCGAGGCUCUCCCGUUGGCACUGGCCACGAGCAAAGCGAUCAUGACCCAAUCCAGGAGGAUGAAGCCAGCCCUGCACGGUUCGCUCCCCGGAGGUGGAUCGGUAGCACCGGGAAGCAGAAUGGAAACAUUGUUUCGCCGACGGGUCAGAACCGGGUUAUGAGAGCAGACAACAACACGCCUAACUUGAAUUCCAAGUACACGGCUAAUCUGGUGGUCCCUGACACUGUUACUUCUCGAGCUCCUGUCAAUGGUCACGCAAAGAAGAGGACACUACCGCCACAGUAUCAACGACAUACCAUAUCAGAUCAGAACAAUACUGUUCAGCCGGUGCCACAAACCAAUUUCUCCGCAUUAGGGCGACCUUCAGGCUUCCCUCCCACACGCACUGCAGAUAAGACGAUGCCACCGAGCGGGCUCUCUGGUGGCUAUACACCAGGAAUUGCAAGGCAGGCGCAGCCAACAUUCUCAGCGUCGGCACCAUCUCAAAUAUCCAGCGGGCAUAAAGCCACCGGCAUUCCAGAAAAGUCCAAUUUUGAAUUACACGCCUUGAACGCCCAGUUCUACCACUUCCAGGCCCUGGGGUAUUCAGAGGACCAUAUUGUACGGGCUCAAAAUGCCUCUACAUGCCAGCGAGGUCCCAUGAUCGUCGCUCUGGACAGCCUAGCUCACGGCCGCGGGAUCCCAGAGAACGAGCCUGGCGUAUGGAGCCAACGCGACAUUGACGACCUGGAUAUGAUCAGAGCAUACGAGCGACGGCAGGAGAAGGGCCAAGAACGUGCAGGAAGGGGCGACAACGGCAGGGAGAAGGUCAGCGUCUGGCAAGCACAACACAGGUUGGAGUCGAAACACGGCAAGAAGAUGAUCGAGUACCGAAAUCAGUUCCUUGAUAUUAUGAACAGAACAGGUUAGCAGCGAAUGGACUGAACAUGACGGUCGAUGUCUACGACGAUGGUGCGGGAUUAAUGCAUGCAUGUUCAGGAUGAUGGCAUUCUCGCUCCGACCUCAGCCUGAGCUGAUUCUCGCAUAUGCUCAAGUACUCUACUCAAAUAAUUAUACAACUUCUCGGCUUCGUUCAUGGAAUCACAGAAAAUAGACUUGGAAUCCGAGAGAGAGAGAGAGAGAGAGAGAGAGAAAACAAAUAAAAAACAAUAAGAAUAAGAAUAUCGUAGCU